GCUGAGUCACCUGACCAAGACCCUGUCGUUACAAUGGCGGCGCCCAUGCUGCGCUGGGUCGGCCGUGGAAGACUUUGGACUUUCGCCCGGGUUGACGGCGGUUCUUGCCACCGAAGAGGGGCUCCGACUGGGUCCACAUCCAACCGGAUUAGGGGACAGAGCUCAGUGGCUCAGCAGCCCCUCUACACGACCCAGAAGCCGAGGAAAGGUGAACACAAAUGGGCUGCUGUGGUAGGUUUGGAAAUUCAUGCCCAGAUUUCCUCCAACUCUAAACUCUUCUCUGGAUCUCAAGUUCGCUUUUCAGCACCUCCAAAUUCUUUGGUUUCUUUUUUUGAUGCAUCUCUACCUGGAACUUUGCCGGUUCUCAACAGGAGGUGUGUAGAAGCGGCGGUGAUGACAGGCCUGGCUCUGAACUGCCACAUAAACAAGAAGUCCUUGUUUGACAGGAAGCACUACUUCUAUGCAGACCUCCCUGCAGGCUACCAAAUUACCCAGCAGAGGCUCCCAAUUGCUGUGAAUGGGAGCUUGACAUACGGCGUCUGUGCAGGGAAGAAGCAGAGUCAGGUGAUCCCCAAGACGGUGAGGAUCAAGCAGAUCCAGUUGGAGCAAGACAGUGGCAAAAGCCUCCACGACGACCUGAGGUCGCAGACGCUCAUUGAUUUGAACAGGGCAGGCGUGGGCCUUCUGGAGGUGGUCCUGGAGCCCGACUUGUCCUGUGGAGAAGAGGCGGCAGCAGCUGUCAGGGAGCUGCAGCUGAUCCUUCAAGCCCUGGGGACCAGCCAGGCGAACAUGGCAGAGGGCCAGUUGAGAGUGGAUGCCAAUAUAUCCGUGCAUCACCCUGGGGAGCCUUUGGGCGUUCGAACAGAAGUGAAGAAUCUCAACAGCAUCAGGUUCCUGGCCAAAGCCAUAGACUAUGAAAUUCAGAGGCAAAUCGAUGAACUUGAGAAUGGAGGUGAAAUUCUGAAUGAAACACGCUCAUUUCAUCACCAGCUGGGGUGCACCAUGUCAAUGAGAGACAAAGAAGGAAAACAGGACUACAGGUUCAUGCCAGAACCCAACCUGCCUCCCCUGGUGCUCUACGAUGCCACAUCUCUGCCGGCAGGUGCAGACCCACAGCAAGUGAUCAAUAUUGACCAGAUUCGGGAGACACUCCCGGAGCUCCCCAGAGUGACCCGAGAAAGGCUCGUCCAACAGUAUGGGAUGCUGCUGGAACACAGUUUCACUUUGCUGAACGAAGUCGGCCUACUGGAGUUCUUCCAAAAUGUGAUAAAAGAAACUAGGGCAGAGCCAAAAAAGGUGACUAGUUGGGUCCUCAACACUUUUCUGGGCUAUUUAAAGCAACAGAACCUCGCUGUCAGUGAGAGUCCUGUCACACCCUCUGCACUCGCUGAGCUUCUUGACCUGCUGGACAGCAGAACGAUUUCUUCAGCAGCAGCUAAACAGGUGUUUGAGGAACUGUGGAAGGGGGAAGGCAAGACUCCAGGGCAGAUUGUUUCAGAAAAGCAGCUUGAACUGAUGGAGGACCGGGGGUCACUGGAGCAGCUCUGCCACUCCGUGAUGGAGGCCCAUCCUCAAGUGGUGACUAUCUCGGGCAGGGGAGAGGGCCAGAGCCACCUGCAGAGCCAGCCCCAGGACACGCCCAAGAGCCUCGCCAUCACUCUCUGUGGCAGCCCAGAGGCUCUUCCUAAGAAUGACUGGCCCAGUUUCAUCUACAAUUCCCUCAUUGUCAUCUUUUUAGUUAAGGUAAUGGAUUUGAAGGAGGGAAACCCCAGAGCUAUAAAUAAACUGAUUGGGUUGGUCCGGAAAGCGACACAAAGCCGAGCAGAUCCAGCCAUGAUAAAGGAGAUCCUGGAGAAGAAGCUGUCUUCGUGAGAUGUUUGGGGUCCCCAUGCCCAAGGGAGAACAGUGCAGCCUGACUGGGAGCAGGAUCCUGUGAAAGCUGACGCCCAUGUGCCCUGAGAGCUGCCUCUCAAUCCCUGUCCCGAGCCACAGCUAUGGCGUUAUGUGUCACCAGUGUUCUCACCCUCUAGGCCCUGUGCCUGGAGGUGCCUCCACAGCCAACCAGCAGCCACCCGGCCUGCUUCAUCCACAUCAGGAGGGUCCGGUGCUGGCUGUAGCAGUGGUUAAGGAGUAACACCUUCUUGUAUUAAGGAAUUUUAAACUAAAUAAAAUGUUAUGUUACAGAUACUGUUA